CCUUUGCGACAAUGACGUCAUACCCCAGCGCUCGCCAUUGAGUGAUGGUGUCAAUCAAUAAAAAUAUCCGUCAUGAGUGAGGCCUGUGGGCAGUUGAUUGAUAUUGAUAUCAGAAUUGUCGAACUGUCAUGACUUUAAGAUUAACACAAGUCUAGGUCAAGAUCUACGCAAAUUUACAACAGAUUUCAUUGAAUCGAGUCUGACAGGAGCUCGAGCUCCAGUCCUGUUUUUAGCCGAUCGAGCAAGGCUGAGGCCCUCACUCUCAGACAGCGACCCGUCUCUGGCCCGGUCACGGUACAUGCGUCGUCUGGAGCUGUGCAGCAUAGACUAACUCCAAUUCCAGCCCUCUGCUCUGAAGUUUGAACUGCACUGGAACUGCAGUGCUACGUGCUUAGCGAGGCCAGCGCAGGUGUGACGUGAAAUCAAGAUGCAAAGGAUAAACUAGCAAUGAAAAAGAGACCUCUUUGAAGUUGUUGAUCUCUCAAUAACAUUUUAUCAUCAAGAUGGGAGUGGAAUCUGAAUUUGACACCAUAUUUGACCUUCUUGAUGCGAGACAGAAAGGCUACAUUGAAUACAAUGAGAUUCUCGACUUUUACCAGGCAUUCUAUUUUAUGCCUGUGGCAAGAGAUCAAGUACAUGAGGCCAUAAAGCAUGUAUGUGGCAAAGAAGCUGAUGGGAGAUGUAGGAAGCGUAAGUUUGUAGAUGUUGUGGUUGAACUGGAGCGUAGACGUCAGGUUGUGCAGGGAUCAUGGUGGGACUUCAAAGCUCUAGAUACAAAGGAUGCAGAUAGAAUUUCAGUAAAGGAAGGUCUGUUUCUGAUGAAAGCCACUCACCAGGAGCACUUCACCACCAUCACAUGGCAAACCUUCCUUGAAUCCCGCUCCCACCAUCACGAGGACAUCAGCUAUGAUGAGAUCCGCAUGUGGCUGUGCAACUGGCCACUUCAUGGGACAAGCUGUGGAUACGAUGAAGUCAUUGCGAUGGGAGAGAAGCUGGAUAAGGAGAAGAAGAGACAGGAUAUGCAGAGGAGAAAGAAAGUCAUGAAUCUAGAGGAUGAUUUCAUCAAGGCUAUUGAAGCUCAGGAAAAGCAGCAAUACAGUAACAAGUUCAGGAAUGAAGCCAAGCGGAAAUUGAACAGGUGGGUCCAGCUUGGAGUAGAGUCACUGUUGUUUGAUGAUGGAUACGAUGCCUUUGAAGGAGAUGGUACACAGAGAAAUACAGUCUCAGUCCAGGAUCUCAUGGAAGCUAUGGAAGAGAAAUAUGACAUUCUGAGAGAGAAACUUCUAUGGGAAGCCACUCAGAAGCAUGUCGGUGAGAGCAUCUGGUCAUCUAUGAGAGAGAGUGAGCAUGAAGAACAGGUCUUGAGAGUGAAGACCAAAGAAGCUGAAUAUAGAGUCAAAGGUGACUUUGAGAAGAUCACUCAGCUGUCUGUCUCCUACCAGCUCUACCCCAGCACUCUGAUCUCCAUGAUGGGGUAUGAACGAUUAGCCCAUCUCAAGUACCUCAAGGAACUCCAAGAUCGGGAGAAGAAGAUGAAAGCUGACGGCAAGACAUCUGAUGAGAUGUACCAGGUCUUUGUAGAGGAACACAUGCAGAAGAUGCAAGGGAGAGCCACAGCAGGCCAACUUUUGAUCGACCUUCACAAGCGCCAUGUGACUGAAAGAGACUUCGUCCUCUCCUUGCUGAAGGGCAGUCAAGGUCGUCCAUUGUUUGCAGCCGAGAUGGUGACGGAGUAUGUCUUCUAUGUGACCCAGCAACUCAUCGCUGCCCUAGAGCCGGCUCAGCUGGAGUACUCUGCCAUGGCCAUGGGCAUCUCUGAGAGGACUCAGGACCUCAAAUCAUCCUGCUAUGACUAUGACCGUGACUUGCAUGAGCUGCUUGGUCUGCACAGGCUUCAUCUGGAUGGUGCGUCCAAGCGCCCAGAGAAGCCCUCAGGGGAGCAUUUCCCCAUGGAAGGCAGGAACCGUGGCAUUGUGGACCUGCAGGUUGAGAUCAUGAGAGCAGUACUCCGCAAACAAAUCCAUGAGAGAAGUAUGAUGAGUUACAUGCUACAGGGCAAAGAAAGCACUGCAUGGAGAGCAGCAGCUAACAGGAGACCUAGCAGAGAAGCCAAGGAACUGCGCAUCAAUGAGCUGAGGACACUCUGCUCAAACUGGAGACAAAGCCCUAUUGAGUACAUUAGGACCAAACAGAAUGCCCAUGUUAAGAUGCUGCUGGAGGGAACAUGGUUGUACCAUGCCAACAAACAACUCGACAUCCGUGGGGGUCACAACCUGACCCUGACCCAGGUCUCUGCUAAUGUCAUGGCUGAUCUUCAGCAGCAUCAUUCCAGAGAGCUGGAGAGAAUCCUGCUAGAGAUGCAACACAAGAACUGCAAGGAUCUGCUAGCUAUCUGGCGUCGUGAGUACAGUGCGUUGAAUGAAGAGUAUCUGGAUGGCAUCUCCGCUGUCAUCCUGGGAACCUUUGAGCUCUCAUUUGAAGAGCUGGAGAUUGUAGCAGCUCUGGAAGCAAAAUAUGAUGUCCUCAGGGACAAGUUGUUGAUGGAUGCCCUGAUGAAGCAGUACGGAGAGGCAGAAUGGAAGAAGAUGUCUGAAGGGGAGAGACAGCGCCUUCUGAUCAAGCUCAGGCUUGAGGAGAGACGUCUCAGGCAGGAGGGCAAGUUUGAUCAGGCAGCCAAGCUUCUCGGAGAUAGCAUUAAGGACAAGGAAGCGCUUCAGCAGUUGAUGGGAAAGAAUCGUGAGGAAUUCCAUAAGAAACUCCAGCAGCGGUUGAUGGAGAGAGAGAAGCGUAAAGCCAUGGGACUAGACUCUGAUACAGAGAGUGAUGCAGAAGUGGAAGAGGAAAAAGCAAAGCGAGGCAACAUCCUCAAGGACCUACAGCAGAGACAUGAUGAGGAACUGAAUGCCAUCAUGAUGUUGCUACGGCAACAGCAGAACCAGUACUUGAGUGAGAGGGAACGUCAGGAGCUGCUGCUGAGACUAAGGAGAGAGAAACGAAGAGCAGCCAAGGAAUCCAACUUUGAUGAGGCAGCCAUCUUGCUUGGGCUGGCUGAAAGGAACAAAGCAAACAUGGAGGAAAAACUGAAGGCAGAACGGGAACGUCAACUGAAGCUAGCCAGAGAAAGAAUUGCAGCAAGGAAGAGGAAAUCAGGCCAGGUUAUGGAUGAUGACUUUGAUGAUCCUAGUUUACCUCCAAAAGGUGAUGUAGAGGCUUGGAGAGAUGCUGUCCUUCGCGAGAUGGAUCACAAGCAUCGAGCAGAGCAGGAACUCCUGGUUACUAUAGUGAUGGAUGAAGGCAGUGAGGAUGUUCGAGAUGCUGCCAGGAAGAUGGGCAAAGAGGGUCGUCAGAAGCGUCUCUUAUAUCUACGGUCCCAGGCCGAGGGUCUAAACUUGGAGAAGAAAGAAGAGAAAGAGGAGAACCGUGACAUCCUGGAGGAGGCUGGAGCCAUCAAGAGUAUCCUGCGUCAUCGGACCCUGCAGGAGCAGCUCAAAGCAGAGAGCCAGGAGGUGGAGCAGGAGGAGGUGACUACCACUCUCCUGGCUGAUCUCCAGGAGGAGCAAGAAAAGGAGAGUGAAGUCAUCAUGGCAACUAUCUUCACCAUGAACGAGGAGCAGCUUUCUCGUCUUCGAAUGGAUCAGAUCUGGUCUCGUCACAACGAACAGGGGAGCAAUGCCUUGGUUGUACUCACACAGUAUGAAGGUGUAGGAGAUGAAGACAGUCUCUUAAAGGCCUUGGACAAGAAGUAUGACACCCUGCGAGAAAAGAUCCUGAAAGCUGCCCUUAUAAAGAGGGUUGGAGAAGAGAAAUGGGACGAGAUGAGUGAAGAGGAGAGACAUAAGAUGCUCUAUGAGCUCAAACAACAAGAACGAAGGCUGAGAGCCGAUGGGAAGACAUCCGAGAUCUCCCAGCAGCUAGGAAUCGUAGUCUCAUCAGAAGGUAUCAAAAAGUUGAUGGGUACAGAGAGAACCCAAUAUGAAGAGAAGAGAAGGCACAAGAUGGAACUCAGAAAGAGAAGGUUGUCACAAGGUUUAGACCCCAUUCAAGGAGGUGACGAUGAAGGCAUCUCUGAAGACGAGGAGGAUGAAGGAGACAUUGAUAUUCUGACUCAGAUUCAGAAGCGUCAGGAUGCCGAGCGGGACGCCCUCAUUGCUCAACUCCGUGGAGUGGAUGCCCAGUACCUCACUGAGCGAGAGCGUCAGGCGGAGCUUGCUCGGCUGAAGAGGGAGGUGCGUAAGGCAAGGAUGGAAGAUGGGUUCCAUGCUGCGGCGUUGGUGCUAGGUCUGGCAGAGAGACAUCAGGCUGCUGCUGAUGAGAGACUAAAGCAGGAUCGUAGACGUCAGGAGCAGUUAGCCAAGGAGCGUUUGGAAGCUGCGAGGAAGAAGAAGAAACUUGGAACCAUCCAGGAAGAAGAGGAGGAAGAGCUUGAUGUGGUGGACAAUGGGGACAAGGCUGCCAUGCAGGAUGCUGUACUGAAGAUGUUUGAGAUCAAGCAUGAGAAAGAGAGAGCAGCUCUGCUUCGUCUCCUCCAGCAUGAGUUCAGUGAAGAGGAGAGAUUUGUUGCAGAGAAUCUCAUGAAUGAGUCUAGAGCUGACAAACAACAAGAGAUCUGGAAACAGAGAAAGCAACUCGACUUGAAUGACAAAGAGGAGCAUUUUAAGCUCCUCUUGGAAGCAGCCAUCCUGAAGCUAGUGUCUCGUCGUAAGCUGCUACAGUCCACAAGUUCAGAGGUCACUGCAGAUGAGGUCAUUGUGUCCAUUAUGGCUGAUCUACAGCUUCAUCAAGACAAAGAGAGCGAGGCAAUCAUGCAGACCCUUCCUGAUAAGGAGCUUGGAGCGCUGAAGAAGCUUCAGAAGGAGUCCCUGGAGGCCAUCAGACUGGAGAAACAUGAGAACGUUGCCGUGGUGAUCACCAGUACAGACCUUGGUACUCAGGCUGAUGAAAGUCAGCUGGUGGAAGCUCUAGAAGCUAAAUAUGAUGCUCUCAAGGAUAAGCUACUUGCUGAUGCACUCAUGAAACAGAUGGGUGAAGGUGAAUGGGCUCGUCUAUCAGAGAAAGAACGUCAGCUACGUCUGAUGAAGCUCAAGCUAGAGGAGCGGCGCCUAAGACAGGAGGGCAAGAUGGAUGAAGCCGCUGCCCUCCUGGGAGAUGCUCUCAAAUCACAGAACGCCCUCGAGGCUCUCAUGGGCGAGUCUAAGAAGGCGCAGGAAGAGAAGCUAAGGUUGAGGCUUGAGAAACGCAAGCAGAGACUAGCUCAAGGAAUGAGUGAAGAGGAUAUAGAUCAGCUGGAGGAAGAGGAGAUCAAACAGGAGGAGGAAGAACUGAAGAAACAACGAAGAAAUAUCCUUCUGGACCUUGACAACAGAUUAGAAGAUGAGAAAGCAGCCCUGUUGGCCGCUCUGCGAGGUCAGGGCGACAGACUUCAGAGUGAGAAGGAGAGACAAGCAGAGCUAGCCAGGCUGAGAAGAGAACAGAGAAAAGCAAGGCAGGAGGAUAAGUUUGAAGCUGCUGCUCUUGUCAUGGGGCUAGCACAGAAAGCAGAUGAUGCGAAGGAGAAAGACCGUAAGCGACAAGAGCAGCUGGCCAAGGAGCGUCUGGCUCAGAGACGUCGCCUGAAGGCAGCUGCCACAGAGACCAAGGAGACUGUGACCCCUGUGAUGCUGCCAGAGAAUGAGAAUGACAAGCAGGGUUUGCAGGAGGCUGUGAUUCAAGAGAUGGAGAUGAAACACUCAACUGAGAGAGAUUUCCUCAUGCAGCUGGUGCAAGAUGAGAGCCAGGGAGAUCUCAGGAAAACAGCAGGGCUUAUGUCUGAGGACAAACGUCAACAGAAACUUGGUGAACUGAAGGAGCAGCGUCGACAGUGGAGGGAAAGUGGACCCACCAAGGAGACUGAGGAUGAACAGACAGAUAUUCUCCGGAAAGGAGUAGCUGUCUUGCUUGAAAGUCGUCUCAUUGGGAUGAAAGUUAUCCAGGGUGGAGAGGCCACUGACGGGGACGUAGAGGUCAGUCUCAUCGCUGACCUUCAGGAGAAACAGGACAAAGAGGCUGGCUAUCUCAUGGAUGAUCUUGAGAGCAAGAGUGCAAUGACCUUAAAGCAGUUGAAGCAGGUGCAGUUCAUCGCCCGAGCCAACGGAUGGAAUGACAAUGUGGCUGCCACCGUCCUGGUGACCAAGUCUGAUACAGAGAUGGUGACUGAGGAACAACUCUUGAAAGCUUUGGAGAGCAAAUAUGAUGUGAUGAGAGAUAAACUACUGGCAGAGGCUUUGAUCAAGCAGACAGGCGAAGCAGAGUGGGCCAAGCUCACUGAACGUGAGCGUCAGGCUCGUCUUAUGAAACUCAAACUCCAGGAACGUAAGAUGAGACAGGAGAAUAAGUUUGAUGAGGCCAACUCCCUUCUCAGUCAGGGUAUCAAGGAUCAAGCAGAACUGGCUCGGUUGCUAGGGGCAACCAAGACGGAGCAGGAGGAGAAGUUAAAGCAGCGUCUUGAGAGAAAGAAGCAGUUGAAGGAGGAACGUGAGGCCCAAGGAUUGGAGGCCAAUGAUGAGGUGUUGGAUGAGAUCGUUCAACAUGAGAUGUCUCGAAAAGAAAUCUUGGAAGACAGAAAGAAGAGACAUAACAUUCUUGAAGGACUAAACAACCACUUUGAGGAUGAGAAGAAUGCUCUGCUGGCUGCGUUGAGGAGUCAGGACGAUACCCUGCAGAGUGAGAAGGAGAGACAGCUGGCCCUGGCUAAGCUGAGGAGGGACCAACGCAAGCUGCAGGAUGAAGAGAAGUUUGAGGCAGCUGCUGCCCUCUUUGGAUUGGCACAGCAGCAUGAGAAGACCAGAGAGGCCAACUACGAGAAGGACAAGGAGCGUCAAAAGCAGCUUGCUAGGGAGAGGCUGGCAGCUAGGAGAGCCAAGAUGGCUGGUGAUGAGAAAGGGGAGCAGGCCAAGCAUCUUACUAGGUCUGACAUCCAAGAACAGCUCUUGCUGGAGGAGAAGGAGAAUGCCAAAGCAGAUGCAGCGCAUGCCACCAAGUCAGCCAAGGGAGAUGUUCUUGUUAUGAAUCAAGAUCCGGUAUCCCUUGUUUCUACGGUAAUGGAUGAGGUAGAUAAAAAGCAGAGCAGUGAGCGAGAUGUCCUGGUCACUCUCAUAGAUGGUGCCAUGGCUAACUCAAAGGAACGCACAAGGCUGGAGGAACUAGCUCUCAAGGACCUGUUAGCCCAGCUGGAAGCCCUGAAAGAGGAGAGACGUCAGCUGCGUGAGGAUUCUGAUCUGGAGUUUGGUGAUGUAGACGUGAGUGGGCUUAGUGAUGAGGAGCUAUCCAGACAUCUCACACAGGUCUCUGAGUAUCAGGAGCAGCAGCAUCGACUCCUCAAGAGCGCUAUAAACAUCAAGAUAGAAAUGAUGCGGCGUUCCUUGAUUGAGGAGAAGCGUUUAUCACUAGAAGAGAUUGAGGAGGAGCUUGCUGUCAUGAUGUUAUCAGAGCUUCAACAGAAACAGAGUGUAGAGGUCAAUGCUCUUCAUCAUGUUCUAGAGGGCUUCCCGGGGGAUAAUAGCAAACCCCAGGGCCAUCCAGGUGGCAUAGAUAAGCGACAUAGUAUGGCAUCGAUAGCGUCUGGUGUGGGACACUCAUUCAAAGAAUUAUUCUUCUCAGAAUCCACUGAAGUCAUUAAGAAUGAAGAGUUCCUUCACCAGAUGAAGGUCACCCAGCGCAGAGCUCGGCGGGAGGGAUGGCUGGACAAUGUGGCGGUCACUGUGUUUGACCACACUACGGUCACCCUUGAGAUGACCACAGAGAUCGAGGAGAUGACUAGAAGGAUCCAGGCUAGAGAGGGCGCCCUGCUGACCAUGGACAAAGAGCUUGAGGAGAAGAAGGCGGAGGUUAUGAAGAAUGAGAGUGGCAGAACUGCAGAGGAACUAGAUGCAAUGAUUGCCAAGCUAGAGAAGGAGUAUGCAGAUAGAAAGAAGGCUCUUGAGGAGGAGCAGACCAGGGAGAGGAGGCAGGAGGCAGAGAUGAAAGAUGUCAACCAGGAGCUGGAGCAGAAGGAGCAAGAUCUUCAGAACCUGGAGCAGGAGAUGCAGGAAGCCAUUGAGAACGACAAAAAGCGUAAACGUCGUCCAAAUGAGGAGUUUGAUGCCGAGGCUAUGAUGGCGGAAAUUGAGGCUCAGUUUGCUGCUAAGAAAAGGGCAAUGCAAGUUCAGCUUGAGAAGCAGCGUCGUCAGGCGAUGGAGAAGAUAGCCGCCAGGAAGCAGAGAAUGGAAGAUAGAAACUAUGAAGAUGAGAUGGCUGUGGCUCUGAUUCAUGCUGCAGAGAAGAGUAAAACUCAGAAGGAAGAGGCAGCGGUGGAGCAGAAGAACAAACAGAAUCAGCUGAUGCAAGACCGCUUGGCUGCCCGGCGAGAACAGAGACGCAAGGCAGCAGAGGAACGGGCAGAAACAGAGAGACUGGCCCAAGAAGAACAGAAGAAGAGAGAGGUCUCUUUUGAAAGAGAGAAGGAGAAGAGGAAGAAGGUGAACUUUGAAGCCGAGGCUGGUCCUGGUCUGAUGCGAGAGAAGACGGUGCUGGAUGUGGACAUGUCCGAGGAUGAGAAGCAAAACCUGUCUAAGAUGCUCCUCUCUCACCAUAGCAAAGCACAAUGGAAGAUGGAGAAGGAGCGAGAGAAGAGGGCAAAUGAGCUUAAAGAACGACUGGAAAUGCGCAAGACUCGUAUCCAGGAUGCUGCAACCACCAUCUUGGGACUGGGAGAGAGACAGAAAACUAUGGUGGAGAAUAAAAAGAAGGAUGAAAGGGAGCGUCAGAUAGCGCUGGUGAAGGAGCGUGUGCAGCGUGUACGGUAUGAACGCACCCAGACCAUGAAGUUCAAAGGUGACGACAAGAAACGGUUCAAGGACUACCUAGAGAAGGAGGAUUCUGGUCUGUCAGAGGAUGAGAAGAUGACGAAGAUAGCUGACCGGAUUAAUAGCCAGUUCAAGAGGCAUGAGUCCAGCUAUAGGGCAGGACACAAGAGUGCCUUUGAACCUGAUGAGGAUGAACUUGCAUCAAACUCCUCCGGUUCCAAGCCCGCCACACCCCAGGGCUCCGCCCGACCCAAAACAGGGCGUCUCCUGGGCCAGAAGGAAAGAGAGCAAUUGAUCAAGUCUCGCCAGGCCAAGAGGAGAGAGAUCAAGAAGGUCAACAACAGUAUCUCAGCCGCACCCGACAUGGACUCCCUCGCCAAGAUGAUUGAGGACCGCAAGAAAGCCGGUAUGCAGCAGGAGGAGGAGGAGGAGGAGGAUAAUGGAAGUGAGGUUUAAAGAGAAAGAGAUACUUGUGAGGAGGAAAAUUUGGUGAUGAGCAUUUUUUCAAAUUUUGGUUUCAUUUGAAAGAACUCAACAUUUGAGACAUGUGGUGUGCUUGGUUGACCAAAAAACAAGGGUUAUCCAUAGCUUUGAGUUCAGACAAUUUCCAAACUUUUUCUUUCAUUUAAUCAAACAAAAAAUGUUCCCAUGUUAGUGUUUAGAAGGAAGAUAUUUUAAGCUAUGUAUGCUUGGUCCAAAUUUAUGGUGCACUCAUGAAUUUUGGGGCCCCCAACAGUAUGGAAGGGCAAAAUAAAUAAAUCUUUAAGCCAUAAAUACGAUCUAUAUUCUUGAUAUUUUCCUUAAAAAAGAUGUUGCAUCAUGAAUAGAAUAGAAUAUUACUUCUAUGAUUCCAAGAUACUGAUAUCAUGACAAUCAUUGCUGUUUAGGUAUGCCUUUAUUGAAAAGAGAAAGGAAAAGAAAAUCAGAUUUUAAAGAAUUUAUUAUGUAGAUAUUUAUUGCAUGUUAAUGAAUAUUCUUUAAAGACUGAAUUCAGCAUUCGAAUGUCACAGUUGUGAGAAAAAUAUAUUGUGCAAUGGCAUACUCAAGAUAGAAAUGAUUUCUGUUCCGUUAUGUAUUGUAAUAUAAUUCUAGUAAUUUCCCUAUGCAUUGACAUAUUCCUUUUUUUUUAUACUUUUUAUCAUUAAUUCAGUAAUUAUUAUGUAUUUGUGGUUGAUGAGUUUCUCUGUAACUGUUUAAUUGUUAUGUAAAAUAUGUAGUUGUGUACAUGUACUUCAAUGUGGAUAUAAUAUUUAUUCUCAAUUUCAGUCUAGACUAGCAGAAAUGUAACUCAUUAUUGAAGAAUAAAGAUUGUGCUUGUCUACUCCAUGACAUUUCAGGUUACUUUAUUAAGUUAGUGUUUGAUAAUUAAUUUUCAUACUUCCUCACCUAGAUGUUUGCAGAGUUGAAAAUUCAUUGAUUGAAACUGAAAAUUAAUAUUGUAUAAUAUAUGUUUCAAUAAAUCACACUUUAAUUUAUCUUACAAAUUAGAAUUGUUAAUAGAUUUAGCAAUGACUUGAAAUGUAUUCUUUAUGAUUCUUACAUGUGGGUAUACAUUCUAGUAAUACACACAUUUGAUAAAUUUGAAUGUGCAGUAGUAUAACAAAAGAGGGGAAAAGAAUAUAUAAUCAUAUUCAAGUGCAUUUACCUGUACAUGUAUUUAGACAAACCAGGUGUCUAACAUAUCCAGCUUGGAUUCAUAGAUAAGAUGUAAAAGCAUAAAAACAAUGAAAUAUUAACCAAGAUAAUUAUAAUGAUUUAUGUUCUCUACUUGACAGAAUAUACUUAAUCUUUAGUUGAUACUUCUAAAUGUACUUUGUCCAUAGUAGUAUGGCAACGGAAUGUUUCAGUAUAUUAAUAUAUAGACUUUGUUAUCAAAAUCAAGAGAUAUAGAUAUAUAGUUUUUAUAGCAAUCUUUUACUCUAUAAUGCCUUGAUGCCUUAAAUUCAAAUCACCUUUAUUCACAAAUUGAAAUGUAAUCAAUAUACAUAUACUAUUUUUUUAUCAAUUAAAUUUAUUGUAUAUAUGUCCAUGUCUUUCAUGAAGGUGUGCAUCCGUCCAUUUUGUAUUCAUUAAUACAUGUACUUUAUUGUGAUUCAUAUCGUAAUUAGUAGCAAUCACUUAUUUUCUAAUCAGGCAUUUUUUCAGGCAUUUGAUAUAAAUUAUUAUCGAGAGAUAUUUAGAAAUGAGUCAUAAAAUGUAAUACAUCUCACUUAUAUACAUGUAGUAUGUUUUAUCACCUGUAUUUUAUUUUGUGUGUGAUAGUUUGUUUGCUGUUCAAUAAAUAUCUUUUAAUCCACUUACAGAAA